AUGCCCAACACAAGCUCAGCUCCCCACACUCAUACUACCCACGGCCACCCCUCCUCCGUGCACGCCCUCGCCAGCACAAGGCCCAUCGCUACCCACGCCCCAGCCACGCCCGUCGUCACUUCGGCGGCGGCGCAGGCACCCCGGGCUCGCGGGCAGAACACCCGGAAACGCGCCGUGCAGGCGGACGACGCUGCGUAUCACGCUGCCGCGGGCACGAAACGCGCCGCGCCCGAGCGCGCGGACGGCGACCGCGAGCGCACGAAGCGCAAACGCGUCGACGCGUCCGGGGGCAGCGCGGGCUCCCAGGUCAAUGCGGGGCACUCGGGCAACGUGGGGGAGAAGGAGGAUCGGGUGUCGCUGGUGAGCCUGUUAUUCUUUCGACCUAUAUUUCUUGCGUGCUGUGUGGGGCGGAUCUCGGACGCUUGUCUGGUAGAACGUUACGAGACGUGGGACGCGUCCUAA